GGCGCCGCCGGGAGAUGGCCUUGCCCUGUUGGCGGCAUUUGAUUUGUAGCUGCCUCCUCUGCUCAGUACAUGGCAUUGUACCUGAGCCUCAAAAUGUAAGAGUUCAUUCAGUUACUUUUAACAGCACUCUCCAGUGGGAUCCACUUGCUUUUCACAAAGAGAAUGUGACUUAUACAGUUCAGUAUGAAAGACAUUCUGGUGGAUUCACUGAUCUGUGCACAAGAAUUGCUUUCACAGAGUGCAGUAUAUCAAGUAUACCCCUACAUGGUAAUUAUACUGUAAGAGUUAGAACUGAAUCUGAGAAGGAACAGUCAAACUGGAAAAGUAUCACCUUCACACCAAUAGAUACUGUUAUUGGACCCCCUGAAGUACUUGUUGAACCAAGACCCAGGGCUUUGUAUGUAGAAGCCAGAGGUCCUUUUUUUCAACAGAAUGGUGACCGUUGGCAUAUACAGGACUUUUAUGGUAAUGUGGUUUACAGCGUGCUAAUCUGGAAGAAAGACUAUGGUGAACAGAUGAACAUUGUGAAUAUAAAGUAUGAUUCGGAAAAACUGUCCAACCUGGAUCCCUGGACAACAUAUUGCAUUCAAGUUCGCGUAUUUGUUCCUGAAUCAAAUAAAACAGGAGAGUGGAGCAAAAUGUCCUGUAUUUCAACAACUGAUGACGGUAUAAGUUCAACGCUGCUGACUGUUAGUCUACUAUCAGUGUUAAUAGUAUUUUUUCUCUGCUGCUGGAUGUCUUUAUAUGUUUACCAACAGGUCAAAUGUGUCUUCCAUCCUUCAUAUUCUUUGCCACAGCAUUUCAAAGAGUUUCUAAGCAAGCCUUUUUACAGUUCACAGUCUCUUGCACUACAAGGAGAAGAUUAUUCCCAUGAGAAGAUAACUAUAGUUUCAGAGAUCUCAAAAAAUGGUACUGAUGAAUCUGAGGAGCAAGUGAACAAUGCAAAGCAGCAGCUCCAAAACUCCAAAGAGAUCUCUGAGGCCAAAAAAGUUUCAGACUUUCCACUUCUGUACACUGUUCAUACUGAAUGGUACAUUGCACAGCAAUCAGAAGAAAUUUUACAAAGCAGCAGUUAAUAAUUCACGUUACCAGUCUCAAAAUUGUAAUUUUGCAUACAGUUUUAUCAAA